AAAAAAAAAAAGAAGAGUGAAUAAGGCGUUUCAGUUUUUAUUUUAUUUCUUCUUCUUCUUAUUUUGGACUUUCAUCAUAAUAAACAUACCCCACCCUUUAAAACAACUUUAAUAGUCCAUUUCCAAUAUUUUUUUCUUAAAAAAAAAAAAGAAAAUACAUAUACAUAUAUAAUUAGAAAAUGACAAAAAGCAGUGGAUUUGGACCUUAUUCAUAUUGGACAGGUUUAACGAUAUCUCUCUUAACGAUUGUUGGACUUUAUAUGCUUUUAACAGGAUCAGGUGAAAGAUUUAAUGUUGGUAAAGUACUUCAAGAAACAUCACCUUUUGCUUGGGCCUUGACAGGAAUGGGUCUUUGCAUUGGUCUUUCAGUUGCUGGUGCAGCAUGGGGCAUCUUCAUUACAGGCUCUGCAUUAUUAGGUGGUGCAGUAAAGACACCUCGUAUUCAAUCAAGAAACUUGAUUUCCAUUAUUUUUUGUGAAGUCGUUGCUAUUUAUGGUGUCAUUAUGGCCAUUGUUUAUUCAGCUAAAUUAGCAGAUGUACCUCCUGAAAAUAUAUUUUCUGCCUCCAAUUAUUUCACAGGACAUGCUAUCUUUUGGGGAGGUUUAACUGUUGGUGUUUGUAAUUUAUUAUGUGGUCUUUCCGUUGGAGUGACUGGAUCAAGUGCAGCCUUAGCAGAUGCUCAGAAUCCUGAACUCUUUGUUAAAGUCUUGGUUGUUGAAAUUUUCGGUUCUGUUCUUGGUCUUUUUGGCUUAAUUGUUGGUUUAUUAACAACUGGCAAAGCAUCCGAUUUUCAUUAAUGUAGGAAGAAUGAAUAUCUACAUCUAUAUCUAAUUUCUCAAUAUAAAUAAUUGAAAUAAAUGAAUAUGUCUAUUAGAUGUAUUAUAUACAUACAUAUA